AUGGAAGGAGCCAGCCGGGUAGAAGGAGCCGGCUGGGUGGAAGAAGCCGGCCGGGUGGACGGAGCCGGCCGGGUGGAAGGAGCCGGCCGGGUGGAAGGAGCCGGCCGGGUGGAAAGAGCCGGCUGGGUGGAAGGAGCCGGCCGGGUAGAAGGAGCCGACCGAGUAGAAGGAGCUGGCCAGGUGGAAGGAGCUGGCCGGGUGGAAGGAGCCGACCGAGUAGAAGGAGCUGGCCGGGUGGAAGGAGCCGGCUGGGUGGAAGGAGCCGGCCAGGUGGAAGGAGCCGACCGAGUAGAAGGAGCCAGCCGGGUGGAAGGAGCCAGCCGGGUAGAAGGAGCCAGCCGGGUAGAAGGAGCCAGCCAGGUAGAAGGAGCCGGCCGGGUGGAAGGAACCGGCCAGGUGGAAGGAGCCGGCCAGGUGGAAGGUGCCAGCCGGGUGGAAGGAGCCGGCUGGGUGGAAGGAGCCGACCGAGUAGAAGGAGCUGGCUGGGUGGAAGGAGCCGGCUGGGUGGAAGGAGCCGGCCAGGUGGAAGGAGCCGGCCGGGUGGAAGGAGCCAGCCAGGUGGAAGGAACCGGCCGGGUGGAAAGAGCCGGCUGGGUGGAAGGAUCCGGCCGGGUGGAAGGAGCCGACCGAGUAGAAGGAGCUGGCCGGGUGGAAGGAGCCGGCAGGGUGGAAGGAGCCAGCCAGGUGGAAGGAGCCAUCUGGGUGGAAGGAGCCAGCCGGGUAGAAGGAGCCAGCCGGGUAGAAGGAGCCAGCCGGGUAGAAGGAGCCAGCCGGGUAGAAGGAGCCAGCCGGGUAGAAGGAGCCAGCCGGGUAGAAGGAGCCAGCCAGGUGGAAGGAGCCAGCCGGGUAGAAGGAGCCAGCCGGGUAGAAGGAGCCAGCCGGUAG